AGCUAAUGCUGACAUAGCUGUAACGUAGUCAGGGGUUAAAUAAAAAGGUCCUUCUGAUUAUCAUAUAAUUUCCCCCAUUGCCCACAAACCACUUCCUUUUCUACCCAUGAAUUCUUCUCCAUGUUCACAGCAGACAGAAAGCUGAUGCCUCUGUGUCAGGCAAGCAUGAAGUCAGUUGCAGUAACUUUCUAUCUCUUCUGCUUUCAGUUUGAAGCCUUGUGUGGAGCUGAUACAUGCUCAUCAAGAUUGUGCAAAAAUAUAGAUAAGCUUCAGGUCUCGGACCCCCAGGGGAUAGUAAAAUUUGAAAAUGGAAACUUCAAGUUAAUAUUCCAAAACCCCAAAAAUGUGAGUGAGUUCAGCAUGACCCUCCUCAAAGGGCAUGAAAGGAAGGCAAUCUGUGCGCUCCAUGUGAGUAAGAAUAAAGCUGUCCCAGAGAGUAAUGUUACCUACUGCCAGGCAGAGCAUUCAAAUACCAGCACCACCUUCAUUCUGACAAAUCUGGACAGAAAGCACAUCGACACUUAUACCUGCUGCCUGGAGAGUUUAUUACCCCCCCCUUACAUAGACUGCCACUUGAAAGAAACUUAUUUGUACAUCCAAGAUAAGGAAGACUGCUUUUCACAAGGAAUCAUGUCAUGGAUAAUUAUUGGCCUGAUUGCAUUUGCCCUGAUUUCAUGUGUCUGCUGCGUAAUAGCCUGUAGCUUAAGGAACAAGAAUCAGCAGUGUGAAUCCAGCUCCCAUGAGUACAACAGUGAAUAUAUGCCCAUGGCAGCAGUGAAUGCAGCUAAAAACCAAGAAUCUGAGGUUUAAGUUGCUUAUGGGAUAGAAAUUUUGGCAGCAGAAGUUUUCUAGCUACUUGAACCUGGAUAACAGGAAAUCAGCAUUUCUUCACCUUCCUCUGCCUCCCUGAGUUCUUAUGAUGGCCCUGUGCUCAGUCAUGAUACUGAUGUUCUAGUAUACUGUUCUAAGCUGUUUUGCUCUCACCUUGCGUGUUAACUGGCACACUGCCUGAUCCACUGACUUGUGCAUGAAGUGCUAGCAAUGUGUUAAAGAUGUCAGCUUUUAGCUGAAGAAAAUGUUGUGUUUGCUUGAGAGUAGAUUCCCGUAGUGCUGCAACAGAGGGAACUUCUAUUUUCUACAGUCUCUAUGGUAAACUUUCCACUGGGGACAAAAGAAAAAGACUACCUCCAAUGCCAAUGCCAAUGCAUUGCACAAGCCCUUUUGUUAGGGCUAAUUUAUGAUGCCAUGAAUUCAUCCUAAUAUUCGCUGUCGAACUUCCUUGCACCACACUAGGAGUGAGCAGUAUGCACAUGUUCUCCUGCAAACUGUGAGACAGCAGGGAAACAAAACCUGAGAAAGCACAGCAGAGACUUUACUAUGACUCAGAACCUCAAGUACACGCAGCUGCAUUUCUCAUAUUUGUGCUGUCGGUACAUCUUUGCCAUUUGUACAUUAGGGGGUCUCUUAUUUAAUUAAAUUCUGGAUUCUCCUAUCAGAAGAGGAAUUUUUACUCCAACUGUUCUUUAAAUCAGUUCAAACCUGCGGAAUUGCUCCCUCAACUAGGAAGUAAGAUCUCUUCAUGUCUUAACAGCCCAAAUACAACACAGUCCACAAAACCAGUGUAUUCAUGACUCUGCUUUGCAACUAUCUACCAAUUAUCCACUUCCGUAGUGGAUUUAGCGGUUACUUGACCAGCGGAUUUCUCAGAGCCUAUAAUAUGAAUGAGAUAAUUGAAUGAAUGAAUAAAUGAAUUAAAUGAUCAAUCCUUCACUCUAUUUGUGAAAUCCACCAAAACUCUGGACCAUAAAUGACCAACUGGAAAUUCUACCUGAAUAUAUUGCCAACAUUUGGCUGCAUGAAGCAGAGCAGUGCACUGUCGAGUCUCUGUAAUUCUUUGGCAAAACAAAUAUUGGUCAGAGGAUACAAUGCUGUUUGUCUGAUAAACAGAAAUCUGGUUUCAAAUUUGAUAGGGUAAACAGGGAUCAUCAGGCACAGAAAGGAAGUAAGCUGUUAUGUCAAGACCAGAGUUUUCCUCAAAAGAAGUCUAAAUACGUAGAGGUAUCGCAGAGAAAAGGUGCAGAUUAUUCACUGUUACAUUAAGAAAAGUGAAAAUGAGAAAGGUAGAAAGGUACUGAAAGAAGUGAGGCCUGCCAGUUUAGCAGGAGCUAACCCACUAAGACAACCAGCUCCUAGGUACAGAUGUAGAGGGGCAGCCUGGCAUGCUGGGUAAGAUUCUUUUCUGUUGUUCCAUCACAUAAUUUUGCCAUUUUUCGUAAGCUCCCUAACAGACAAAACUAUCCCCCACAAAUACAUCCACAAAUGCAUUGUUUCAAUAUUUUGAAAAUCAUUGGUAAAAACAUUGGAUUUGAAAAUUAUCAGUGAAUAAUAACCUCUACUGCUUAUGAUAAAUGCUUGAUAUAAAAUACUGUGUAACAGAGAAAUCUUACUCCCUGGAACUUCCAACCAGACUGAGAAAGAAAUUCAUGGAGUAGAGAAUUACUGAAAGAAUGAAAAAACUGAGGUUUGUCUUAAGAUGCUGCUGUGAAAAAGAUAUGUCAAAAUAUGUUGUACUCUAGAGAAAAAAAAAAAGGAUUAAAUCCACUGUAACAAAGCUUUGGGAAGUUUCAGUUUUCAUCACUGCUUUUUAAUUCUUAAUAGAACUUCUUUUUGUUAUACCAUGUAUCGUUAGGAAAUACAAUGAGUGCAUACAUGUCAUAUAUAAAGAAAUAAGCUCUCCAACCUCCACACUUCAAGAGGGAGAUGGUAGGGGCAGUUUAUAACCACAAUGGGAAACAUAAGAAGAGGAAAAAAUGAAGAAAAAAAAGAUUAAAAAAAAGGUGAAAACCAAGAAUUUGGAGAUGUUUCCAUGCAGUGAGGUAAUUAUGCUGUUUUUGAUUGGUUAAUUUCCUGUUGGUUUUUUUUUUCAUGAAAAUGUCUUUUUUCUUCUUGCCCUUGUUUUUCAUUUCUUUUAAUCCCUUAUGCUAUACAGUAACAUUCAGGAAUAUUUGGGACAUUUUUCAGUUUCUGCCACUUUAGUGCCCUCAAAUUAAAAGGAGAGGGAAGAAAAUGAAUAAGAGCAGAAUGAGAAACAAUCUGUGAAAAAAAUAACAUGAGCUGAGUCUACAGACUGAGUGACAAAAAGAACUAAAAUAAAAGAGAAGAAAAAAUGAAUCAAGAAGAAUAAACAAAAAGUCCAAUAUUCUCAUAGGCCAGCAACUCAAAAAGUCAAAACUCUUUUUGGAAACUCCUAGUUUUGGGAAAAUACCAUU